AUGAUUCACAUAUACACCUACAUCUUUGCCAUUGGCACUAUCUUUGCCAUGAUUGACGCCUUCAACAACGGUGCCAAUGAUGUCGCCAACGCUUGGGCUACCUCUGUGUCGUCCCGUUCCAUCUCUUACCGUCAGGCUAUGGUCCUCGGUACCAUCUUUGAAAUGCUCGGAGCCAUUACUGUCGGUGCUCGUACUGCUGAGACCAUCAAGAACGGUAUCAUCCCCAACUCUGCCUUCCAGAACAACGCUGGUGUCCAGAUGCUCGCCUUCACCUGUGCUCUCGUCGGUACCUCUGUCUGGGUGCUCUGGUGCACUCGCAAGUCUGCUCACGUCUCCUCCACCUACUCGCUCAUCUCUGCUGUUGCCGGUGUCGGUAUUGCCACCGUCGGUUUCGGCGGCGUCCAGUGGGGCUGGAACAACGGAAAGGGUCUUGCUGCCAUCUUUGCCGGUCUCGGUAUGGCUCCAUUCAUCUCUGGAUGUUUCGCUUCCAUCAUCUUCUUGCUGAUCAAGUUCGUCGUUCUCAAGCGUGAGAACCCAGUGCCAUGGGCUGUCUACACCUCGCCAUUCUUCUUCCUGAUCGCCGGUACCAUCUGUACCCUAUCCAUCGUCUACAAGGGUUCACCAAACCUCGGCCUCAACAAGAAGCCAGCCUGGUACAUUGCUGCGGUCACCCUCGGAACCGGUGGUGGUCUCUUCAUCCUGUCUGCCAUCUUCUUCGUUCCAUACCUCCACACCAAGGUCAUCAAGAGAGACGCCACCAUCAGAUGGUACCACGCCUUCUUGGGUCCAGCCCUCUUCUGGCGCAAGACCCCAGACGUUGCUGACAAGGCCAAGGUUCCAAACUACGCUGUCGUCCAACACGAGGAGGAGGAUGACGAGAAGUCAGACGUCGACUCUGUCAAGGAUAUGGAGACCUCUGGAAAGGACGUCGAGAUGGGUGCCAUCACCCCAUCCCCAUCCAACGAUGUCAAGCUCACCAAGUCCUACGACGACCUCGUCCAAGACGGCAAGGACAGAUUGAACGCCAAGCUUAGAAAGAUGAGCGGUCCACUCGGCUGGGCCAUGCGUACCCUCCACGAGAACCAAAUGGGACCAGGUGAGAUCUACGAGACCAAGAACCUCAAGAUCUUCUUCAAGCGUAUCCCAGCCUACAUUGUCGCCGGUGCCCUCUACGGACUCCACUACGACAUCCACGCUGCCCAGACCUCCGUUGCCGGUACCCCAGAGGGUAGACGUAUGGAGAGAGUCUACGAGCAUGCCACCAAGUACCCCAACGAGGUUGAGCACACCUACUCCUUCGUCCAGAUCAUUACUGCCUGCACUGCCUCCUUUGCUCACGGUGCCAACGACAUUGGUAACUCUGUCGGUCCAUGGGCUGUCAUCUACGCCGCCUGGUCCACUGGUGAUGCUGCUGCAGCCAAGGCCUCCGUCCCAAUCUGGCAACUCGCUGUCCUCUCUGGCUGUAUCUCGAUCGGUCUGGUCACCUACGGUUACAACAUUAUGAAGGUCAUGGGUAACAAGCUCACCUACCAUUCGCCAUCCCGUGGAUGCUCAAUGGAGCUCGGUGCUGCCAUCACCAUUCUCAUCUUCUCCCAGUUCUCUCUCCCAGUGUCCACCUCGAUGGCCAUCACCGGUGCCACCGUCGGAGUCGGUCUGUGCAAUGCCACCUUCAAGGCUGUCAACUGGCAGCGUGUUGGUCUCCUCUUCAUGGCCUGGGUCUUCACCAUCCCCAUUGCCGCUGCCAUCGGAGGUCUCACCAUGGCUGUCAUCCUCAACGCUCCACACUUUUAA